CCACUUUUUUGAAUGUUGAAAGCGGCCAGAUUGAGAAAAUACCUGGCAAUGGCGGCGAAUCUGAUUCGAUUUGGCUUGGAUUGAAGAACUUGAAGCUCUUCUUUUUGACUCUCUCUACAGAUCUCUUCUUCUUCUCUCACGUCUAGUUCCCCCACAACUCUAACCCACCCGUUUCCAAGUGGAUCGUUGGUAAAGAUUGUGUAUCUUGUGGGGAAUUGAUAUUGCAAGUCAACGCUUGUGAUGGCUAAGAAGGAGAGACCUAGACCGCAAAAGUUGUCUGUUUACCUUUAUAUACCUAAUAUUGUUGGGUACAUGAGAGUUAUCUUGAACUGUGUUGCCUUUGCUGUGUGUUUCUCCAACAAGACACUUUUCUCGCUGCUCUAUUUCUUCAGCUUUUGUUGUGAUGCUGUGGAUGGCUGGUGCGCUCGUAGAUUCAACCAAGUUUCAACCUUUGGAGCUGUUCUUGACAUGGUCACAGAUAGAGUUAGCACGGCUUGUCUACUCGUGAUUCUCUCUCAAGUCUACAGGCCAAGCUUGGUCUUCCUUUCAUUGCUGGCUUUAGAUAUUGCUAGUCACUGGCUGCAGAUGUACAGUACGUUUCUAGCAGGGAAAAGCAGCCAUAAGGAUGUGAAAGACAGCACAAGCUGGCUUUUCAGACUCUACUAUGGAAACCGGAUAUUUAUGUGUUAUUGCUGUGUUUCUUGCGAGGUUCUGUAUAUCAUCCUUCUCCUCAUUGCAAAGAACCAAACCGAGAACCUCCUGAAUGUCGUAGUUUCUACUUUAACUCAGAUUUCACCACUCUCUUUUCUCUUGGCUUUGACAUUGUUCGGUUGGUCAAUGAAGCAGACAAUCAAUCUCAUUCAGAUGAAAACAGCUGCAGAUGUUUGUGUACUGUAUGAUAUAGAGAAGCAGCAAAAGCCUUGAUCUUCCUUUUUUUUUGUGAACCUGCGACUCUCUUUUUUUACUGUGUGUAGAAACAUUCUCCUAUGAUUUUAAAUGAAAGAUGAAAGAAUAUUGAUUUGCCUUUUU